GAUUGAAACUGAAAAUCCAAAAAAGAAGUUAAUUUUUUGCAAAAAGUUGGAACUAUCACUUCAAAAGAAAUUUAUAUACCAACAGUAAAAAACUAAGUCACGUGAUCGAUCCUUGGCACGUGUGAAAUUUCAUCACUAUAUCGUUCUUUGAGGCAUUUCGUCGAACACCAUGUAUGCAAUUGGAAGGGGUGUGGUUUUGGUCGACGUAGCCCGCCAUGAUUUCUCUCCUUAAAGCUCGCGAGAAGCUUCUCUCUCCUCUCGUCAGUUCCACUAUCCGAAGACUCUCCUCUAGCCUCUCCUGUAAAUCUGUCUUUCUCUAUUCCCGCUUCUGCUUUAUGUGGGCAUGUUUAGCUGAAUUUGUAUCUCUACUCUAAGCUGUGAAUAAUUGUGUGGUUUGGAGCAGAUUCUCGUGAAGAUUCGAGGGAUUCUGAAGUCUUAAUACACCCGAGUGCUGUCGUCCACCCAAAUGCUGUGAUUGGCAAGGGAGUUUCAGUUGGUCCAUACUGUACUAUUGGCUCUUCAGUGAAGCUAGGCAAUGGCUGCAAACUCUAUCCUUCUAGCCAUGUCUUUGGAAACACAGAGUUGGGGGAAUCUUGUGUUCUCAUGACUGGUGCUGUUGUUGGCGAUGAGCUUCCUGGCUAUACAUUCAUAGGAUGCAAUAACAUUAUCGGUCACCACGCCGUGGUUGGUGUUAAAUGUCAAGACUUGAAGUACAAGCAUGGAGAUGAAUGCUUUCUUUGCAUUGGUAACAACAAUGAAAUCAGGGAGUUCUGCUCGAUUCACAGGUCAUCAAAGCCCAGUGAUAAAACGGUUAUUGGUGACAACAAUCUAAUCAUGGGUUCUUGUCAUAUCGCCCAUGAUUGUAAGAUUGGUGACCGCAACAUAUUUGCCAACAAUACGCUUCUUGCUGGCCAUGUGGUUGUAGAAGACAAUACACACACAGCAGGAGCCUCGGUGGUCCACCAGUUCUGUCAUAUUGGCUCUUUUGCUUUCAUUGGCGGUGGUUCUGUGGUCUCACAAGAUGUUCCAAAGUACAUGAUGGUGGCUGGAGAAAGAGCCGAACUUCGCGGUUUGAAUCUGGAGGGACUUAGACGAAAUGGAUUUACCAUGUCAGAGAUGAAGAGCCUAAGAGCAGCCUAUCGUAAGAUAUUCAUGUCUACUGAAACAGUCUCCUUAAGUUUUGAAGAGCGUCUCACGGAGCUGGAACAGGACCAAGAGCUGUACAGUGUUCCUGCAGUAUCGGCAAUGUUGCAGUCAAUCCGAGAUUCUUUCACUGAAAGUCGCCGUGGGAUAUGCAAGUUCAGACAAUGGCUCGAUUCCACAACUUAGAGACUUAGCUUAGGCAUUCAGUAAUCAGCAAUGGCUUAUUAUACCUAAUUGCUCAAUACCAUUUCCUUCACUGGAACUGUAAUAGUUUGAUAUAUAGCUUUAACUAAGUGUUGUCAACAUUCUGUGGGCACAUAACAUCCUUAAAAAUCACUUGUCAGAGAAAGGAAAAUUCAUUUUGGUAUUAUUUCUAAUACUGUAAUGAAGCUAUAACUUUUGGAUGCUAGACUCAUAGAUGGAGAUGGACUUGAAAAGCCUGAGGCAGCAGAGUACCUGCAAAUUCCGAUAUGCUCAAUAUACAAGGUAUAGAGAGACAGAGAACCAAUAAACUCAUGGUCGAAAUAGAGGAACUAAUAAAUCGCAUCUCUUCGUGAGACCCCACUUUGUUUACAAACUCGUGAAGCCAUGAAGCCAAAGGAAAAUCUCAAGGCUGGGAAUGCAAUCUUCUACAUCAGUUUCAGGGACUGUGGUCUGACCAAGAUCACCGAGCUGUGGUAAGAAGAACCACAGAUGGGCAUCCGGAACACAUGUUUCUUGAAGUUAAGUGUACGGUUGCGGACUUUUCGAGCUGCUCUCUUAACUAAACUAUUCUGCUCUAUUGGCUACAAUUGGUCUGAACACAUUUCUUCUAAGAUGUUGCAGAUUAUCCUCUGCUUUUAUUUGGUGUUCCAAUGUAAUCUACCAAGCUGAUUGUUUUGUAUUAAACCGCUGCAGCCUUAUAAUUCCUUGAAGAAUGAAUCUA